AUGAAUCACCAAAACAACAGGAGUUACUAUUAAUUAAACACAUCUAACAUAUUAUCAACAAAAAGAGUUCCAAGCUUGACACCUCCUAAAAAUUAUCAUAAUAGUAACUCUAAAGAUAAAAUGUAUUGAAAUAAUUGUUGAAUUAGAACUAAAUAAAUUAAAGAUAAGGCUGCAAAUAGUAUAUUAAAAGCAGAAGGAUUAAAUUUUCCAAUUCAAAAUGCAUUGUUUUUAUAGCAAUAAAAUACAAUUUUAUCAGCUCGAAAAGCUACAAUAAAUUUGAGUGAGAGUUCUGAUAAACUUAGAAAAACAUCACCCAAUUAAAAGUAUUAUAUUAAACUAUUUAAGAUCUCCAAAUAACCCUAGAUUGUCGACUAUGUAAAAGAAUAAAUAAAUCAGCAUCUCGUAAUCUUAAUAAGCAAUUGCUUAGGUCUUAGCUAAAAUGUAAGAAAAUGAUAAUAUAUCUUACAUCAACAAAUAAUGUAUUAUAAAUAGAUUGAAUUAGUGUACUAAAUUCCAGAAAUAGAAUCAACUUAGAAGAGCACUAUCAAUAGUAGAGAAUACACUAACUCAUCUAAACAUAAGACUGAGGAUUAUUAAAAAUUAUUGAAGGAGAACUUGAUACUUCAAAAGAAAGUAUGCAAAUUAGAAUAAAAGGUAUUUAUUUAGAUAUAUUAGAUUUUGGAAUUGUAAUAACUUAAUUAAUAAUUAUUAAAUUUAUCAAAGUCAUGUGAUUGUCACUUAUCACAAAUAAGUGAAUUAGAAUAAGGAAUUUAUAAUAUUAAUUAAAUUUAAGAUAUAGUGAAUCCUUUAUAAAUGUAAAAUGUAGAUCAUUUAAAUAUAUAAUCAAGAGGAGAACAAUAAAAAAAGAGAUCAUCUUAUUGUUAAGAAUAUUCAGAUAUAAAACCUUAAAAUUUAUUUGAUUAUCAAAAUUCGAACCUAAUAAUUGAAUAACUAAUUGAACAAUAUCAAAUAAAUGCAUAAGAAUUGGCAGUAUUCAAAGGUUUAACAAAAGUGAUGGAACAAAAGAGUUUGCCUAUUCCUUCAGUACUUAAAACAUUAUCUUUAGUUAUUAAUAAAUGA